CUGGUAAGAAUCCAGGACGGGCUGUGUCUUCCAGGAUGUUUGUCUCUGAGUGGCCCCGAGCACGUGAUGGGCACCGUGGGGGGAUCGCUGAGCGUGCAGUGUCAGUACGAGAAGGAGUUCAAGGAAAAUAACAAAUACUGGUGUAAAAGCCCAUGUUUGGCAUCGCUGAGGACGAAGAUUGUGGAGACCACAAAGUCAGAGAGAGAAGUGAGGAGCGGCCGUGUGUCCAUCAGGGACCAUCCAGCAACCCUCACCUUCACAGUGACCUUGGAGAGCCUCACAGAGAGCGAUGAAGGCACAUACAGGUGUGGGAUCCAUAGACCAUGGACAGAAGGACUGAUAGACCUCACCUUCCCGGUUGAGGUGUCUGUGUCCCCAGGUCACUGUGUUGUUGCCUGAGAGCCCAGUGAAGAUCACCUUCCUGCUGACGGUGGCUCUGGCUGCUCACUUCCUCCUUGUAGUUCUGGGUUUCUCCCUCUCACAUGGGAUGUUCCCUCACUGGCCUUUGUGUCUUGCUAUUUAAGAGGGAGAAACUGGAAACCCCAGAACCUCUGGCUGAGGGAAGAGGAGGGGUUUGUCCCCGUGCCUUUGUGUC